AUGCUUUCAUACACAUGUGUUAAUUGCAAUUAAUAGAUUGCAGAUAGGUUUUGUAAAAAUGAAUUUUGUAAAGAGAAUAGAUUAUUUUGUUUUGAAAAAUGUGUAAGAACACAAUAGAAGCAUAUAGAUCAUAUUGAUAACACAGAAAAGAUAGAUUUGCUUCCUAAUUAUUUUAAAGAUAUUUCAAUAUAAUGUUAAGAAAUGAUUGAAUAGUUAGAUAUAUUAUUUACAGAAAUUCAAUAAUUGUUCGAACAAUUUAAAAAUGAUCUUGUUUAAAAAUAUUAAAUUUCUGAGAGAAAUCUCAAAUAAUUAAAUUCCAAUCAUAUUAAUAAUGCUAUAUUCAAUUUUGUAAAGUUUGGAGAGAAAAAAAAAACAUUAUUAAAUAUUUUCAAUAAAACAUCUUAAUAAUAUAAAUUAAGUUUAUAAGAUUGCAUUGAAGAAUUAAAAAUAAAUAUGUUAGAAGUUCCUUCGUAAGAAAUAGCUUCAUAAUAAUUUUAAUAUGAAUUAAUAUAAAAUAGUUUUAUAAAUUCAAAAUUAAGAUGUUGUUCAUUUGCUUUUAAUGAUGAUUCAUCCAUUAUAGUAAAUGGAUUAGAGAAUGGUGUAAUUAUAAUAUAUGAAUUUAUAAAUGAAGUUAUAAAAAAAAAAGAUGAAGUGAAAAAUCAUAAAGAUGCUGUUUAUUGUUUAUAAUUUAUGAAAAAAGUAAAUUAAUUUAUUUCAGGAGGUCAAGAUGCAAUAAUUAAUAUAUGGUCAAUUGAUCCUUAAAAUAAAUGGUAUAAUAGCCUUAAAAUAGAUGGAUAAUCAUCUUCAAUAUUGAGUUUAAUUAUAGAUAAUAGCAAUAAUACAAUCCUUACAGGAAAUCGAAAAUCUUAAAUCAAUGUCUUUAAAGUUUUUAAUGAGAUGAAAGAUUGGUAAUGUAUUUAAACAUUGAUUGAACAUAAAGUAGAUGUAGAUAUCUUAUCAUUAAGUCUAAAUCCUAAAUAAAAUCUAUUGAUUUCUUGUGCAGAAGAAGAUAAUUAUAUUAAAUUAUAUUAAAAAAAUAAUUAAAUUUGGAGCUUAUUUUAAAAUAUAAAAGUUCAAUAAUGGGGAUAUAGACUAUGUUUUAUAGAUAAUAGUAGAUUUACAUUUCAAUCUUUUUAGUCAACUUACUUAAAUAUUUAUGAAAAUAAUUUAUUAAAUAAUCUAUUUACAAAAACUAAUGAUGUUCAAAUUCAAUAGAAUUAUUCAUUUGAUGAUAUUUUAUUUCCUUGGUAAUUUAUUUAAUCAAAAUCUAUUUUAAUGUGCAAAAGUGGAUAAUAUAUAAAUUUAUUUACUAUAUUGCCUAAUAAGGAAAUUAAACUUAUACAAACUAUAAACUUUUUAAAUGAAUAAUUAUAUGGCGCAUUUAAUGAAAAUGGUGAAUAUUUACUAACAUGGGCUGUAAAUUCUGAAUAAAUAUAAAUAAGAAAAUACAAAGAAUUCAAAUCCUGA